AUGUGGAGAGAACUACCAAUGCAGCGCAAAGUGACGUCGUGCCGGCGGUUUUCGGUUGACAGGGAAGUUACCUCUGGAGAGUUUCGUCUUGCAGGAUGUUUCCGGCCAGCCGGCACAACGAGACGGAGCCACAAAAAUGGUCUACUUGACCAUGGCCGAAACGGGCCACCCCUGCUCGCCUAUCCGGGCCUAGUUGCAAACUUUUGCAGCUAG